AUGCGCUCGUCCAACCCCACCGCUGCUGCCGCCCCGGCCGACACCACCAACUUUACCACCUUUGGUAACCCGUCCGGCUACGGCUCGGCGUACAACGCCACCGGCCCGGUCGUCGGCUCGUUCGUCGCCGGCCCGUCUGGCCCGGCCAGCGUCAACGUCCAGGAGGCCGAGACCUUCCAGAACGUCGUCGUCCGCAUCCCGCACGCCGAGAUCGCGCAGGUCGUCCAGGGCCCGCCGACCAUCAAGCGUCGCGUCAUCCCCGGCCCGGUCAUCCCGCGUGUCGUGCCCGAUGUCAUCCCCGGCCCGGUCCGCACCGUCAAGCAGUUUGUGCCCGGCCAGAUCAUCUACAAGGAUGAGAAGGUUGAGGUUCCCGGCCCGGUCCGCGAGCGGAUCGAGCGCGUCGAGGUUCCCGGCCCGGUCAUUGAGCGCGUGGUGAAGGAGUACGUGCCCGGCCCGGUUGUGGAGAAGGAGGUCAAGGUCGAGAUUCCCGGCCCUGUGACGUACAAGGACGUCAAGGUUGAGGUGCCCGGUCCGGUCAUCCGUCGCCCGGUCCCGCAGCAGGUGCAGGUGCCUGGCCCGGUCCGUGUUGUCCAGCAGCGCGUCCCUGUCCCGCAGUACCACAUCCGCGAGGUUGAGGUCGAGCGCAAGGUCGCCGUGCCCAAGCCGAUGCAGACCAAGGCGCCGAGCAUGACCCGCCAUGUGUACGUCCGCAAGACGGAUAACCUGCUCAUGGCCGAGAACGCGCGCCUCCGCCAGGAGAUCGCGUACCUCAACUCGCUGCCGUUUGCCACCACCGAGGAGGACAACAUCAUCGCCGAGCGCCAGCAGCAGGCUCAGUUCCAGUACCCCGGCGCCGCGCCGGCCCCGUACGGCUCGGCCUACCCCGGCUACGGCUUCUAA